GAUAGGACCAUUAUGAUUUACUUUUGUGCAUACAAAAAUGACAAAUCUAUACUGGUUAUGAUGUACAUGUAUAUUAAAACCUUCUAAAGGUUACAGUUACAUCAAUGUUGGGAUUAUCCAACACAAGUUGUAGAGGUCAUGAAUUAAUACAACUCUAGAAUGAUUUGUAAUCUUACAACUUUUCGAAUAGUCAUACUCAUAUUGCUUCCAUGCAUUUACUUGAUUGUAUUCCAAGUUAUUCUAGAUGGGAAAGAACAUACAGAAAUCACAAAGGAUACAGAAAUAUAUAAUGAACAUGAUAAUGACACUAAACCACAUCCAUACAAGAAGUGGAAAUACUAUAAGGCAAAAGAUGCUCAGGAUGGAAUAAAGAGGAGAUUCCCAGCAUUCAUAAUAAUAGGAGCACAGAAAUGUGGGACACAGGCCUUAGCAACAUUUUUGGAUUUGCACUCUCACCUACAUCGAUCACGACAAUUUGAAGUGCACUUUUUUGACAAACGAUUACCAAAAAAUUACAGCUAUGAUUGGUAUCUUGAUGCAAUGCCAAGUGUACCAGCGUCUCAUAUGGGCUUUGAGAAAACCCCUGCUUACUUGGAUAUGGCAAAUCCAAAGGAUAUAUACAACAUGAAUAAGGAUGUUAAGUUAAUUGUGAUAAUAUGUGACCCUGUAGAUAGAGCAAUGUCUGCAUAUUUGCAUCGUAGGGAGCAUGGAAUAUUUCCAAAUAAUAGUGAAUUUGGUGAUGUUGCCAUAAAUAAAUGGGGGCAGGUCAAUAAAACCUGCGAUGUCAUUGAACGAGGAUUAUAUGUGAAUUACAUCAAAAAAUACCUUAAGUAUUUCCCUCUCGAUCAGAUGCUCUUCUUGGACAAAGCAAACUACAAACAAGACCCAUUUGCUGCUUUACGUACAGUAGAAAGCUUUUUGAAUGUUCCCCAUUUUGAUUUCACAAAAGUACUCUAUUUUAAUUCUAUCCAAGGUGUUAACUGUGUUGUACCAACCCCUAAAAACCUUGAAAAAAUCAACAAAGGCAAAAAUAGAGAGACUAUAGAUUCAAAAGGAUGUUUUGAUGAAACAAAACACAGACAGCAUCCGCCAAUGUCAUUGAUCAAUCGAAAUAAACUACAGCAAUUUUUUAAAUUUUAUAAUACAGAACUCUCAAAACUUACAGGUGUUAAUUUUACAUGGAUUUCAUAUGAUUCUGAAUAAAAAUUAGUGAACUGUUUUAUUUCAUUCAUUACUACAUGCAUUGUAAAGGUCAAUAUUAAACUCAGACUGUCAUUAUCAUUAACAUUCCUCAUUGCAGAAUUAUGGAUUAUGGUUUAAAAUAUCCAUAGUAGAAACACUAAUAUUAUGAGAUGGAAAUAUAAAACAAUUUGCCAGUCUGACAAUACAACCUUCAGUUAUACCUUCUCAGUGAUGUAACAGCAAAAAUUAACUGACAAAAGGCCAAGAUCUGAACAAAUAUUUCCUACUACUGACAAAACAACCUUUUUUGGGGUUGUCGAGUUGCCGGAGAGGGCUUGAGUGCCGGCACGUUCGAGCUAGGCGAUUGGGCACCGUAACCAUGAGGUUGCGAGUUCGAGAUGCAUGUGCUCCUUGUGUUUAUUCAUUCCUAACCUUUGUGCUACGUAAGUUGUUUCCAUAGCAAUUGAAUAAAUGAAAGCUUGUAAAAUGUUAAUUUUAAAUUCCUAUUUGACGUUGUCAAAGAAAUAAGUUUUUUGAGAACAUUCAAGACACAAAGUUCAAACAACCAUGAAAUAAAAUGAAUAAAUGAGUAAAGUUUAAAAUCUUCAUUAAGUUAUUUUGGUUGGAAAUAUUGCCAAUAACGGACACUAUAUAUAUUCAAUAUACGAAAUUAUCAUACAUUUUCAUUAUGAACAGAUCUAAUUACCAGAAGUUGAAAGAGGUACAAAUCAAAUGAGCAACCCAGUCUCCAGAU